AUGGUGGCUAGCUUGACUUCUGAGCUUGAUAGGCUCUCUCCUCGCUUCGAGGUUCAGCCUACGCAGAUCGAAAUCCUCUCAGACCCCUCCGAGUUCUACGAGACUCUCAAGACCAAAAUCUCCAACGCCAAGCGGAGGGUAUACCUCUCCACUCUAUACAUCGGCAAAACCGAGCAUGAGUUGAUCUCAGUCAUCCGGGAUUCUCUCCAGCGCAACCCAGACCUCAAGGUAUCAUUCCUGACGGACGCUCUCCGCGGAACCCGCGAAACACCCAAUCCGUCAUGUGCAUCUCUUCUAGUACCCCUCGUUGAGCAAUUUGGUCCUGACCGUGUGGAAAUUCGCAUGUUCCACACGCCGAAUCUAUUUGGCCUGCGGAAGAAACUGAUUCCUCGCCGCAUCAACGAAGGAUGGGGUCUACAGCACAUGAAGCUGUACGGCGCGGACGAUGAGCUGAUCAUGUCUGGAGCGAACCUUUCUAACGACUACUUCACGAACCGUCAAGAUCGCUACCACGUCUUCUCUUCCGCCGAGAUCACUGACUACUACUUCCGCAUCCACUCCGCCAUCAGCAGUCUCAGCUACCUCAUCUCGCCCUCGCCCUCCUCCCCAGGCGGCUACACCAUGACGUGGCCCAGCACCAACGCCGCCCCGUCUCCCCUUGGCGACCGCACCGCCUUCAAGAAAGCCGCCUCAGACCUCCUUACGCCGCUCAUCCGCCCCGCCGCAACGCCCCUCCCCUCCACCUCCACCACCUCGACCCUCAUCUACCCGCUCCUCCAAUUCACCUCCAUCCUACCCCCCACCAACGACACCAGCACCGAGCUCCCCGCCAUGACCUCUCUCCUCACGCACCUCACCCAACCCGCCUACGCCGCCAACAGCUGGACCUUCACCGCCGGCUACUUCAACAUGACGCCCUGGAUGCGCUCGCUCCUCCUCAGCACCAACCCGCGCCGCGGCACCGUCGUCGCCGCCUCCCCGCAAGCCAACGGCUUCUACGGCUCCGCCGGCGUGUCGGGCAUGCUGCCGGCCGCCUACACGCUGCUGGCCCGCCGCUUCCUGCAGGCGGUGCGCGACGCCGGCCUGGCCGACCGCAUCCGCCUGCUCGAGUGGCGCCGCGGCACCGUCGGCGAGCCCGAGGGCUGGACCUACCACGCAAAGGGCUUCUGGGUCACGCUGCCGCAGGAAAACAAGCAAGUCGAGCAUCCCACCACCACCUCUUCCUCAUCAACGUCGGAAACAGCAACACCACCAGCCGAAACCGAGGGUGGCCCCUCCAUCGCCAUCAUCGGCAGCAGCAACUACACCAAGCGCAGCUACGAGCUCGACCUCGAAGCCGGCGCGCUCAUCGUGACGGGCGACGCGGGCCUGCGCCGGCGGCUGGGCGAGGAAGAGGCAAGGCUGGCGCGCGGCGAGUGGGCGCGCGAGGUCGGCAUGGAGGAGUUCCAGCGCAUCGAGCGGCGCGUCGGGCUGCACGUGCGGGUGGCCAUGUGGAUCGUCAAGGUUCUAGGGGGUGCUUUGUAA